AUGCUAAUCGGUACGGUGAGAAGUGGGAAAGAGGUCGGAGGGCAGACAGAAUGGAUCGUGACAUUUACGAACAGAUGCUCGUGUCCGAUCGAGAACAUCGUACUUUCGUGCCAAGGGUUUCAAACUGCGGAACCAAUCAGCCAAACAGUGCUCAAAGUAAACGGAGGUCAGUGCCUACUUUACAGUGGCACACAACUGAAAGCUGGGGGCUCUCUGUCUUUCUCCUACGCUUGGAAUUCUCCUUUCAAUCUUACACCUCUUAACAUUGCUCCAAUGGGCUGCUAG